CCAGUGUGGCUACCGAUGACUACUCACGUUUCGCUGGUCUGUUUGUGUGGUGGACGUGGGCCGGUAGGGAGAGAGGUACAUGUUGAAGCCGUGCUUGUAUUCUCGUUUCAGUCGCGCGACAGCGUCCGCAUGUGCACUUGGCAGUUCUCAGGCUUGACAGUCGGCUCUCGCGGUGUUAUCACGGCCGGCGACGUUUCCAACCUGACGUUGCAUUGAGAAAGAGAGAGAGAGGGAGAGAGGGAGAGAAAGAGACAGAAAGAGAAAGGGAGAGAGAAGACCGGCCACUAGCUGGCUGGUUGGUUAGCUGACUGGCGCCAUUUCUGGCUCUACCACGGGCGCGGGCUGUUAAUUAAUCCCGAGACAUAGAAAACGAGAGGACGCGCUACGGGAAUUAAUUAACAAUGAUGGAGCUCCAUCAGGUCGUCAUCACCGCGCUGAGCUUGCUGCUCGGCGGCUUUCUCCUCACCGGAAGUCGGCGGCGCUUCCUUUACAUGCUCUACAAAACGUUGCCCAGAGAUGUUCUAGGGGCUUAUCGAUUUUUACGAGUUAAUAUACUACUUUGGUGGUGGGAGAAACGCGAAUAUACUGUCGCGAGAGUGUUCUCGCAGUAUGCAACGGCUCAUCCGGAAAAAAUUGCUUAUAUCUUCGAAGAUAAGGAAUGGAAAUAUAAACAGUUGGAGCAAUUCAGCAAUCGUAUAGGACGUUACUUCCGCACGAGGCCAUUUUCGCGCAAUGACAGUAUAGCUCUAGUUAUGGAGGGUCGUCCGGAGUACAUUGGUACCUGGCUGGGUCUCAACAAGGCCGGCUUCGUCGCGGCUCUGGUCAACACAAAUCUUCGCCACGAGACUCUCUUGCACAGCAUCCACGCUGCCGGCUGCAAAGCCAUCAUUUUUGGCUCCGAACUUAAGGAUGCAAUUUGCGACAUCAAGAGCAAAAUUCCCGACAUCGACAUUUACCAAUGGUCGGAGUCGGCGGACACCCCGGUCUUGGAAGGGGCGUUCGACCUCAACAUGGAAAUCAGCAGCAUCGAUCCCGGACCCCUCAUCGUCGAACUUGACAUUGGCAGCCCCCGGGACAAAUUGAUCUACAUCUACACGUCCGGCACGACGGGAAUGCCAAAGGCUGCCGUUAUCAAUAAUUUGAGAUACAUGUUAAUGACAUGCGGCGUGAACGCAAUGCUUAAUCUACGUCCGAACGAUCGAAUUUACAAUCCUCUGCCUCUUUAUCAUACCGCAGGUGGCAUAAUUGGAGCAGGACAAGCACUGAUAGGAGGUGUCACCGUCGUGCUCCGUAGACGGUUCAGUGCGUCCAAGUUUUGGACAGAUUGCGUCCAUUACGAGUGUACUAUAGCACAAUACAUCGGGGAAAUCUGCCGGUUCCUUCUCACGGUUCCUCCGGGUGAAUAUGACAACGCGCAUAAAAUACGCCUAAUGUUCGGAAAUGGUCUGAGACCGCAAAUUUGGGAAUCGUUUGUGAAAAGAUUCGGCGUGAAGCAGAUAGGCGAGUUCUACGGAGCCACCGAGGGAAACUCCAAUCUCGUCAAUAUCGACAACACAGUUGGCGCUGUUGGUUUUGUGCCGAGAUACGCUAGUAUGUUAUACCCUGUCGCAUUGUUGAGGGUUGACGACGAGACAGGUGAGCCGUUGAGAGGACCCGACGGAUUCUGCAUACCGUGCAAACCUGGUGAGCCCGGUGUUUUUGUGGGCAAGAUCAAUCCGAAGAAAGCGAUAAACGACUUUAGCGGUUACGCAGACAAGAAGGCCUCGGAGCAGAAGAUCAUACACGAUGUCUUCAAGAAGGGCGAUCGUGUUUUCAAUUCUGGUGAUAUUUUAAUCAUGGACGAAUAUGGAUACUUCUUCUUUAAGGACAGAACCGGUGAUACGUUUAGGUGGCGAGGUGAAAACGUUGCUACUUCGGAGGUGGAGGCCAUCGUCAGCAAUGUGAUAGGACUCAAGGACGCUGCUGUAUAUGGUGUGGAGGUACCCGGGAACGAGGGUAAGGCAGGAAUGGCGGCUAUAUACGACCCGAACAAUUCUUUGGACAUCAAAGAGUUGGCGGAGGGAUUGAAGAAAUCUUUGCCCGUCUAUGCUAGACCGCUUUUUAUUCGUGUUUUGUCGGAAUUACCAAUGACCGGUACGUUCAAGCUGAAAAAGAAGGAUCUCCAACAGGAUGCUUUCGACAUUAAGAAGAUUAAAGAUCCGGUCUAUUUCCUCAACAAGGGUACCUACGUGAGGAUGACUGACGAAUUUUACAAUGAUAUUUUACACGGAAAAAUUCGGUUGUAAUAUUUCACAUUCGUCCGAGCGCGACUAUUGCUUUUCCGCGAAUGAACUUCUCUUUUUUAACGAAAAAUAUUGACCUGCAUUUUAACGUGUAUGUCAUACGUUUUCACAGAUUUCCAGUGGUUAGAGCGUGUUAGAUAGUCGGUAACAUUAUUUUUACGCGUCAAUAGGUUAUCGUGCAUGUUUUCCUUUGCGAAUGUGCGCAUAAAACGCGGUUUACGUAGCUCGCAGAACGCAGGAUGACGUUUGCGAUCUGCGUCUUGCGUCUAUGUAAGCCAUGUAGACCGGGCUUAAUAUGUGUUAUUUGGAAGCAAUGUGCAUUUCGUUUGCAGUUAAAGUAGACAAGUAGAAAGAUAAUUGAUACAUCGCAGAUUACGGCUAAUAUUUAUGACAGUAAAUUUUUACGCGACAAUAAUGAUACGCUUGUGUGUGCUUUGCAAAUACAGCAAAAUACAUACGGAAAUCUUGAUACACUUAGCAGAUAAAAAUUCACGAGCGUCAUGGAAAAAAAAUCUUACAUCUAAAGUUAUGUCGAACGAAUUGUAUAUAAUGUGUUGUCAUGUUUAAUAUCAGGUGUUGUACUUGCUUUAAAUGCGCUUUAAUUUUCAUUAGUGAUUGAAAUGCGAAAGGAUAAAAAAUUGAAUACCAAAUUUGUUACGUCGAGUUGAGAAAAGGCACUUGUAAUUUAUGUGAAUUCAACGAUUAUGAUUAGGUAUGAAGGAAAAUCAUAAUUGUAGCAGGGGUAACGUCUGUCGAUAUUUCGGGGUUUCAUCGUGCAUCUUGCUAACUUCUCGAGCUUUAAUUUAACUUAUUCGUUAAUGACACGCGUAUGCUGCUGUCAAUAAGUAAGGCUUUCUAGUUUGCAACAUCGAAAAUUUGUACAAAGUCCGUCGCUGUCAUUGAUAUUUUAUUUCUCUUAAUUUUAUAAGUCACAUUUUUUUGAAGGUAUAAUUGUAAUUGUCAUAUAAUUUAUGUGCUAGAUGUGUAUAUGCGCGCGUGUGUAAAACUUUUCGUUAAAUUAUGCUGUAGGUUUUGAUAUUUACGAUAUUCACAACUAUACGCGAUACUUUUUAGAGAAAUAGAUACUCGCGAAGUUUUCCCCUUUCUCAACUCUGUGUUAGCUUCUUUUGCGAUCACCCGGUAUACACGAUAUACUUGGGAUGAGGUAGCUCUGUUUCCUGCGCAGUCUCCGGUGCGUUCCAGUGAUUCUCAUUGCACCAGAGCAGUCGCGUAAAUAUAUAUAUAUAUUGUUUUCUGCCGAAAGUCAAGCGGAAAUACAGUUCGAUGUAAAAUUCCUAAUCCGGACAUUGUUAUUCUUAUAUCGUCAAUAAGUAAUAUCUUCCAGCUUCUUCGAAGAUACAUGUGUAUACACAUAUAUAUUUAGAGAAAUACUUUACAGAACUGUUGAUUUCUAUUUUUGUAAAAUGUAUGGCUGUUACACAAAUAAAGAAAUUUUAUUGUAA